GAUGAAGAGUGAUUGUAAAUAGAGAAAUUAUUGUACUUUAUUUGUUCUUCUGGGACAAAUUAAAGAACAGCUAAAGAAUAGAGGCCAAGAGGAAAUAUCGAAUGUCACUACGAAGAACCAUGGCGCUCACUAGGUACCAUCUGCACAAACGGAGCUGUGUCGGCAUCGUGCCACUAGUUUGUGCCUUCCUGUGUGGAGUGCUUCUUACGGCCCUUGUAGCCAACACCAAACCUGCUUGUGCCCCUCUGGGACGGCUGUACGACCCAGAGAAUUCCUACUUCCUGCUGCUGCUUAUUGUAACAGCACCAGAAAACUUUGAACGACGCACGACUAUCCGUGAAACUUAUCUGAACCUGCGGCCCCGCAUGAUCAAUGAAAGCUACCAGGAAGAAGUUAUACAUAUUCCCACGUUCAACGAGCAUGGCCACCUACAGCACGAAUCGGUCCAAACGCAGCGCCAACUGCUUGAUAACUAUCGAGCGUGGCUCGAAAAGCCCGUGAAAAAUAUUAAGGUGAUCAACUUCAAAAUUAAACCACUUUUCACGAUUGGUCUGCUAGGACAACCGAAAAACAUACGCCGCGCAAUCUACGAAGAGCAGCGUGUAUUCGGCGACAUUCUGGAGCUGGAAGACUUGCAAGAUUCGUAUGCCAACCUGACCGCAAAGGUGGUUGAGAGUAUGAAGAAAAUUGACGCCAAGUACGACUUUCGCUAUCUCGCUAAGCUGGACGAUGAUACGUACGUCAAGCUGGAUCUUUUGGCGGAGGAUUUGAUGAGCUACUACGAAAAGUUACACCGCACCAAGCGGCAUCCACCAAAACAACCUUCUACCGAUAGCGGUACUCCGUUGGAGCUCUACUGGGGUUACUUCCGUGGUGCAGCGUCGAUUAAGAAGCAAGGGGUGUGGCAGGAACAUGAUUACUCACUCUGCGAUCGCUAUGGACCGUACGCACUUGGCGGUGGUUACGUACUCUCGAAGGGUUUAGUGUCGUUUAUCGCCUCCUAUGCAGAUCGAUUGAGUUUGUACAAAAGCGAAGAUAUUUCGAUGGGUUCGUGGUUGGCACCAUUCCGAAACAUCCACCGUAGGCACGACGUCCGUUUCGAUACGGCAUGGAAGGCACGUACUUGCAAGAACUAUCAUCUUCUGCUGCACAAACGAACCGCGCAACAUAUGCGGGAGCUCUACGCCGGGGAGAUGUGUUCGAGGGAGGAAGGCGUUUCGGAGGGGUCGAAUCCCCAACCGAAGGAGUACUUUUACGAUUGGACCCAACCACCGAGCUCGUGCUGUAAAACGGGUGUCUAAAGCACACACUACACCAGUAAGAUAAUAGUGAGAGAAAUGCAGCCUAAUGUGAUUGAUAAUAUUUGGUGGUGUUAAUCAAGCGCAAAAAAAUAGACACACACAAAAUAUCAACUACUAUAGUUAAGCUAGUGAGUGACGGGCAGGAAGAAAAAAAAUAUCCCUGUGACCAAAUGCAAGCAACUGAAACGUACGGCAACUUUCAUACACACCCAGCAUUAGCACCCAUACUGGGAUGUUGAUUUAAUACUAGAGAAAUAAAUUAUUUGUA